CCCAUUUCUCACUAAUGCUGGGGUUUGGAUUGCUGCGCCGCCGCCGCCGCGUUCUGUCGCUGCUGCUGGCUGCGUGUGUGCUGAUCGGCAUUGUCGUCAGCAUGAACUACAGCUUUGACUCGCUGGACGCGCGUCGGCUGCGCAACGCUGUGACUGAGCGCAAUCCAAUGCACGCUCAGCAAGCAGCACUGCAGCCAAACCGACACGGCCACGCAGGCGGGCGACACCCUGCCGACGAGCCUCGCGACGACGCCGGCAACGACAGCGACAUUGACAAUGAGACGGAGCGGGACGACGAGCGGGACGACGGACUGGUCGCGCAGCCGCCGCUGUUCGAGCCGCGGCUGUCCCAUAACGAGCGGCGCAGGCUGGCCAAGCUCGAUCUGAUCAACAAGAACAACAACAACAACAACAACAACGGGGAGCAGGUUCCGCCGCAGCUGAGGAAGGCCAACCACGGCGGUCCUGCUCGGCCGCAGCAGCAGCAGCAGGUUGAGAAGGUCAAGGCGAACGCGCUGGCCGAUCUCAAUGCACGGCUCGCCAACGCCGCCGCUGCCAAGAACAAUGAGAACCAGAACAACGAGGCUCAGGACAAGGCAGAGGGUGUCGGGCGCGAUCCGGUCCAGGGUGGCCCGCCAAACCGAUUCUCCGACGUGUGCGACCCAUGGUGCUCAAUGGAGCGGCGCGCAUACCCGCCGCCAGCAGCCCAGCCGUACUUUUUGACGGGAGUGCUGCUGAUGCGAAUUUACGACGAGGACAAGGCGGACUUGACGUUCAAGGAAAUGCUGCAAUGGAUUGCCUACAUGCAGUACGCGGGCGUCGAGCACAUUUACGUGUACGAUGCCUACUUUCAGAGCAUGCCCCACGAGAAGCAAGAGGCGCGCUUGAAACCGUACAUUGACGGCGGGUACAUUACCUACUAUGACUGGUCCCGGUACAACCCGUACUCGAUCGAUGGCACCCAGGUCCGCGCCUACCAGGACUGCCUCACCCGCCACGGCAGGGAGAGCACCUGGACGGUGGCCAUGGACAUUGACGAGUACCCGUUCGUGCUGCAGGACUUUGAGCCGGGAUUCUUUGCCCGCUACAUUCGCGAGUAUUCCAAGAAAAACCCGCACGUGUCCGAGAUUACCGCGCAAAACUUUUUAUUCCUCGAAGGACCCAUUCCCAAGGCUCAGAACGAUCUGCUCAUGGAGCGCAUUCGCCGGCGUACCCCGCACGCCCACAAUGCGCUCGUCAAGCCCACGUACCGCAACGCCGACCUUGGAGGCUGCCAGGUGCACCACAACUAUGUGCGCACGGGCAGCUCCCAGGACGCCCCGCCCAGCGAGUACCGCAUGAACCACAUGUGGGGUGCGCGCCUGCAAAACUGGAAUCCCAUCACUCCAAAGUCCAUUCUCGACAUGACGGUCGCCGACGACAGCAUGCUCGCCCUGUCUGCCCGCGUCUCUCCCUGCAUCUGCUAUCCUCGUACUGGUGUUCGGGAUGAUGUGUAGAAAAAGAGAGUGGCAAUUGAGGAAAGUGAAGAAGGGACACUCGUUUUUGCGUGCUUGUCUCUCCCGCUGUUUCGGUUUUAUUUUUUUGUUGGUGUUGUCGCUACUACAAGAUCGUUUUUUUUCUCGUUUUGUUCUGUGCGUGUGUGUAUUGACUUAUUUUAUGCGUGUCUUGUUGAUUGGUCUCUUUGAAUGAUCAUGCUGAUG